UUACGGAACUUAGAAAUCAAGGAAGAAACUACCUACUAUUCUCUACACAUUCAAUUCUUCGUUGUUUUUGUGAACAGAAUUUUUUCUUAUUAGAAUAUUCAUUUCCUUGAUAGUGUAUUAAGACCUUUUCUCUAGUUUGGAAUACUACUAUUGAUUUCGCAAAAUGUUUUGCAAAUAGUUGAUAAAGCCUGAUAACACUGAACGUAUGUGAAAUGUAAAUGUCAAUAACAAUGCAGUGACGUUUCGUAUUUUUUCAGAAAAAUAGCAAAUUUAAUUCUACCUUAGUUUUUUUAAUAAAAUGUAUUUUCGAAGCUAUGAUCUCGUGGUGAAAUGAAAAAGUGAAAAGUGAAAAAUUCCUAUUUAAUUCUUAAGAUCCUCCAAUAGAAAACAUGACAACGAAGGAAUUGUACACGAAGGGUGCCAGGAUAUGGGUGGAGCACCCGGAGAAGGUGUGGGAGAGCGCAACAGUAACAUCCGACUAUCGAUCCGGCGUUCUCAUCGUGAAACUAGACCAGACAGAUGAAAUAAGACAAAUAACGAUCAAAGAUGAGAAACACAUGCCCCCACUCCGGAACCCGUCGCUCCUCAUCGGCCAAAAUGAUCUCACGUCACUAUCGUACCUCCACGAGCCGGCGGUGCUGCAUAAUCUUAAAGUCAGAUUCUGCGAUCGUAACGCUAUAUACACCUACUGCGGGAUCGUCCUCGUGGCCAUCAAUCCUUAUUAUGAUCUUCCGAUUUACGGCGAUGAAACCAUCAUGGCGUAUCGGGGCCAAUCGAUGGGCGAUCUGGACCCUCACAUAUUCGCCGUCUCCGAAGAGGCCUACACCAAACUGGAGCGAGAAAGGAGUGAUCAGAGUAUCAUAGUCAGCGGCGAGUCCGGUGCCGGGAAGACGGUGUCGGCAAAGUACGCCAUGCGAUACUUCGCAGCUGUCGGCGGCAACGUUAGCGAAACCCAGAUCGAGAGGAAAGUGCUGGCUUCAAGUCCCAUCAUGGAGGCGAUAGGCAAUGCGAAGACAACCCGUAACGACAACUCAUCGCGCUUCGGCAAGUUCAUAGAGAUACACUUCGACAGCCAGUACCGGAUAUCCGGGGCCAGCAUGCGCACGUACCUGCUCGAGAAGUCGAGGGUGGUGUACCAGAGUCCCGGCGAGAGGAACUACCAUAUAUUCUAUCAGCUGUGUGCCGCUUCUGCUUUGAUGCCUCAUCUGAAGUUGGAACAUCAAGACACAUUACACUAUUUGAAUCAAGGCGGCAGUCCGAAUAUCGACGGAGUGGAUGAUCUAAAAGCUUUCAACGAAACUAGAAGCGCUUUAACUACUUUAGGCGUUACGGAUUCGGAGCAGAGGGACAUGUUCACCAUCCUGGCCGCGAUACUGCAUCUCGGCAACGUCGCGCUGCUGUCCGAGGACCCCGACGCGGCGCCCGGAGCAGACUGCGAGGACGGAGCCUACAUCAGCCCGACAGACGAGCACCUGACGCACGCGUGUUCGCUGCUGGGAGUGUCGCGCUUGGAGCUGUCGCGGUGGCUGAGUCAUCGCCGCAUCGCCUCCGCCCACGAGGUCAUCGUCGCCAGGCUGGACGUGCAGCGCGCGGCGUGCGCCCGGGACGCGCUCGCCAAGAAGCUGUACGGGGAGCUGUUCGCGUGGCUCGUCACCGCAGUCAACCGCGCGCUCGACACCGGACACGCCAAGAAACACUUCAUCGGCGUCCUCGACAUCUACGGCUUCGAGACCUUCGAAAUCAACUCGUUCGAACAGUUCUGCAUCAACUACGCGAACGAGAAGCUCCAGCAGCAGUUCAACUCGCACGUGUUCAAACUCGAGCAGGACGAAUAUAUAAAGGAAGAGAUCUCGUGGGAGAUGAUUGACUUCUACGACAACCAGCCGUGCAUAGACCUGAUCGAGGACCGUCUGGGUGUCCUGGCGCUGCUCGACGAGGAGUGCCGCGUGCCGCAGGGCUCCGACACCGGCUUCGUGGCCAAGCUGCACCAGAAGUGCGCCGCCUACCCGCACUUCAUGAAGCCGAGGUUCGGGAACCAGGCCUUCAUAAUAAAGCAUUUCGCUGACAACGUGGAGUACCAGUCCGGCGGUUUCCUUGAGAAGAAUCGUGACACAGUGUCGGAGGAACAGCUGGAGUGCAUCAGGACAGCCACCAGCUGCCGCCUCAUACACGUCAUGCUGGAGUCGGAGCGCGCGGUAGACCGUCAGACCGCGACCCUGCCGCCGCCCUCCCGGAGGAGGACCACGCCCUCCGUGCCGAUAACGAGUCUAACUCAACCAGGGCGGCGCGCGUCCGGCGCGCGGCAGACGGUGGGCGGGCAGUUCCGCGCGUCGCUGUCGGCGCUGAUGCUGACGCUGUCCCGCACCACGCCCCACUACGUGCGCUGCAUCAAGCCCAACGACUCCAAGACGCCCUUCCUGUUCGACUCCGCGCGGGCCGUCAACCAGCUCAGGGCUUGCGGCGUGCUGGAGACGAUACGGAUAUCUGCAGCCGGCUUCCCCUCCAGGUGGCUGUACCAGGACUUCUUCCAUCGAUACCGCCUCCUCUGUCGGCACAAGGACAUCGACCGCGCCAACAUCAAAGGGACGUGCUCCAUAAUUCUUUCCAAGCACCUCAAGGAUCCGGACAAAUACCAGUUCGGUGCCACGAAGAUAUUCUUCCGGGCGGGACAGGUCGCAUACUUAGAGAAGGUCCGCGCGGACAUACAGCGCGAGUACUGCGUGCGCGUGCAGAGCUGCGUGCGCACGUUCGUGGCCCGUCGGAAGUACCUCCGGGUCAUGAGGACCGUGGUCGGCAUCCAGGCCCGCUCCCGGGGCUACCUGGCCAGGCGCAAAGCGCAGGAGCUACGCCGCGCCCGCGCUGCCGUGACCCUCCAGCGGCACGUGCGCGGGUGGCUGGCGCGGCGCAACUACCGCCGGCUGCGGGGCCUGGCGCUGGCGCUGCAGGCGCGCGCCCGCGGGUACCUCGCCAGGAGACUGUACCGGGACCGCAGGAAACUAAGAGCCGUCGUCACGAUACAGAGAUACGCUCGCGGCUUCUUGGCUAGACAGAGGGUGAAGAAGAUGAAGAGACAGAUCAUAGUCGCGCAGGCAGCGAUCCGUCGUUUCCUAGCGCGUCGCCAGUACAAGCGGCUCCGCAUCGAGGCCCGCAGCCUCGACCACGUGAAGACCCUCAACAAGGGCCUGGAGAACAAGAUCAUCAGCCUGCAGCAGCGGCUCGGCGGCGCCAUGGAGAAGAACAAGCUGAUCGAGCCGCUCACCGCGCAGGUCGCGGACCUCAAGGCAAAACUGGAACUACUCAAACUGGUUGAGAUCGAAGUGAAAACGUUAAAAGUCGGCAUCGACGACAAGGACAGCAUUAUAAACGCGCUGCGAGCGGAACUGCAGUCGGAAAGGGACGCCAAUACGCGACUCGCCCAAGCGAAGAAAGGGAUAGAGGAUCAAUAUAACAAGGACAGACUGACUUGGGAAGAAGAGAGCGAGAAAUUGGCCAACGAACUAAAGAGCGUCAAAGAAAACUACACGUUAGCUAUUGAAGAACGGGAUAGGCAACAUGAGUUGGAGAAGAGUAAACUCAGUGCCGAUUUAGAAUCGGAGAGGCAGAGUCGUCAGAAGCUGCUGUCCUCGCAGUAUGAACUCCAGGAACGUAUUGACACGCUACAGAGGGCGCCGCCGGCCAAGGAACACAGGAGGUCGCUCUCCGACGCCAGCAGCAACUCGCAGCAGGAGACCGCAGUCGAGGAUGACUACGGCUACGGGUCGGUGCGGUCCGUGGACACCAGCAGGCCCGCCCUGGAGGCCGUGAACUGGUCCGCGGGCCACAACAACGGGACCGUGCCGGUGGCGGACGCCGGGCUGGUGUUGCGCAUGCAGAACAGGAUCUCGGCGCUGCAGAGCGAGCUGUCCCGGACCACCAAGCGCGCCGCCGACCUGGAGGAGAGGCUGCUCAAUCGCCUCUCCUCUCCGCCUUCCAAUCCUAACGUCGACAGGUUCAAGCUGGAAGAGCUGGAGAUUGAGAAUAAGAAGCUGAAGGAGCAUCUGGACAGGCUCCGCGCUGCCGGAGACAGUACUCUCGUCUCCAAGGAGGUUAUCGAUCAGCUGGGCGUCAUACAGAAGGAGCUGGACCGGCGCCGCGACGAAUGCGUCCAGCUGAAGAGCGUAUUGACGAAUCAAAAGCCCUGGUUCCAAGCUCUUAAAUCCGUCACGGUGAAUCUGAAGUCGCUCGCCUCAUCCAAUUACGGGUCUGACGUGGACAUCAUUAACGAAGACGGUGAACUGGCGUCGGCCUAUGAAGCGCAGAAGGGCAUAAAUAGACAAUUACAAGAAGAGCUGACAGCCGAAAAGGAAUUCUAUUCGAAGCACAUAUCGUCCGCUAAGGCCGAAAUCGAGAGACUACGGGAAGAGAACGAAAAAUAUCAGAAGCUGCUGAGCGCGGACCUGAGCCAAGACCCGAAGGACAAGAGCCAUGAGUUCGCGCAGAACGAGAUCAUCAGGCUGGCCUCAGAAAGUCUGGCUCUACAGGAGCGGGUCGACAAGUUGUCGGAGAGCUGUCGCCGCUACAAGAAUCAGAUACGGAUGCUCGUCAACAAACUCAAGGAGGUCGGCGUUGAUGACGUCACCGACAUCCUCGAGGGUAGCGACCCGGUGGCGGCGCCCAGCGCUUCGGUCUCGCUGAACAUGGCGCCGGUCACCCGGAAGAAGGAGAGGGAGUACCUCGGCAUGUUCGAGUACAGGAUACAGGACGAGCCCACCAUCAUAAAGAAACUUAUAACCGAUUUGAAACCGAAAGUGGCGACCACGCUGCUGCCGGGCCUGCCCGCCUACAUCCUGUUCAUGAUGCUGCGCCACACGGACCACGUGGACGACGAGCCCAAGAUGCACCAGCUCAUGAAGGCGGUGCGGAACGGCGUCAAGAAGACCCUGAAGAAGCGAUCGGACAGCAUCGAGUACAACGCGCUGUGGCUCGCCAACAUGCUGAGACUCCUGAACAACCUGCGCCAGUACAGCGGGGACGCGGUGUACCAGGCGGCGAACACUCCGCGCCAGAACCAGCAGUGUCUCCGGAUCUUCGACCUCUCGGAGUACCGGCAGGUGCUCAGCGAUAUAGCCAUCUGGAUCUACCAGGGUCUGAUCAAUCUGCUGGAGAGGCAGUUGGACCGUCUGAUAGUGCCCGCGAUCCUGGAGCACGAGGAGAUCAGCGGGCUGUCGGGCCCCGCGCCCCCCGCCGCGCCCCCCUCCUCCCCCCGCGCCGGCCCCGCGCGCCUCAAGCACGAGCUGUCCGCGCUGCAGCACCACCUCGACACCUUCGCAGUCGACCAGGCGCUCCGCCUCAGCAUCUUCAAGCAGCUCCUGUACUACAUCUGCGCGUACAGCUUGAACCAGCUGCUCCUCCGCAAGGACCUGUGCUGCUGGGCUAAGGGCUUGCAGAUCAGGUACAACAUCUCCCACCUCGAGACAUGGAUCAAAGAGAACUUGGCCGAAUACGGACAGAAAAAUGUGGAGGAGGUGUUGAGCGUCUUGAAGCCGAUAACCCAGGCCGUGCAGCUGCUGCAGGCCAGAAAGUCCAUGCAGGACGUCCAGAGCACCGUGGACAUGUGCUCCAACCUGACCGCCAUGCAAGUCUGCAAGAUUCUAAACAUGUACACACCAGCCGAAGAGUACGAGGUGAAGGUGACGCGGGAGUUCAUUCACGAGAUCCAGAAGAAGAUGCAGGAGAAGGCCGGCUCCAAUCCGGACAAGGAACCCCAAAACCUACUGAUGAACUCCAAGAUGAUAUUCUCCGUACAAUUCCCAUUCAACCCCUCACCGAUACGACUGGAGGCGGUCGAGCUCCCGGAGAUAUUGGAGCUAGAUGGCGUACUCACCAAAAUAUAAUCUACCGCCAUACGAAUAAGGUUGAAUUUGAGCCCCAACGUUUUGUUUAAUUCCCUCACUAGUUGAGAAUCGAAAGGCCUAGUCCGUCUCUCUCGCUCGCCAGCAGAUAGGAAAGAGACAGACAUGCUUUUGAACGUCGACUGUGAAAAUAUUGUUAUGUACUUAAAGAUUUAUAUUAUUAGUUGAUUCACUCUUUGAUUAGUUACUUUAGAGAAAUAUAGACCUUAGUUUAAUGUAGUUAAGGUUGAUUGUUAGUUGUUAAUAAGUUUAGGUGGGGACUCGAUAGUCUGAGAAUUAUUUUGUAAAUCACAUACUAGGUCAUUAAAUAACAAUUCUGAUUCUGAUUAUUCAAUACAAUUUCUAUGGACGUUUUUUUUCGGGCUUCCUAUUCGUUUCCGUGUAUACCUUGACAUGUCAACUGACAAGACCAGAAAUGUAGUUUCGGAUGAUCGCGUCCCCACCGAUACUAAGCUCUUGAUUUGCUCAUCGAAUUAUAUUUGUUUGUGAUAUACAACGUUGCUAUCGCCGACAGAACUGCGAAAGCUCUGAAAAUAUUUUAUUCUGUAAUAUUAUUAAAAUUUUAGCUAGAUUCAGUCGUAUUGAUCAAUAUACAGGGUGUGUUCGAAUCGUUCCUGUAAUUGAAGGCAGAUUAGCUGUCGACAUUAGGGAAGAUCGAGAUGGUUCGAUCUAAUCCGCACCACACUAGGGAUUCCAUUCCACGAAGUCCUUCAUAUGGGCAAUAAUCGGAGGCGCUGGAGGGACAUUGCGAGAAGGUAGGCAGCGACUUGGCUCUGUCUCUGGCAUUGUUGAGGUCCAUAGGCGACGGUAACUACUCACCAUCAGGUGGGCCGUAUGCUCGUCUGCCUACAAGGGCAAUAAAGAAAAAAUAGAAUCCUGUCAAAACAUGAUGGUCACGACCCUCAGCAGUGAGGAAACUACGCAUGUAAGAGAGAUGUCAACUGCGAUGAUAUCAUGUUUGACAGCUUUGAAUUGCACACAAUGUAUUAUCAAGUAAACGUCAUGUGACUCGAAGGGUCAACGACCUCACAAUGCACGAAAUAUGCUCACACAAAAAUGAUGUAUAUACAGGGUGUCCCAAAAAGAAUGGAUAAUCCUGAAACACCUCAUAGUAGAGCUAUUGGGGUCAUAAAAAAAAAAAAUCUCAGGUAGUAAGUACCCAAAUUACGUAUUUUAAAAAAGUUGAUAUUUUUCAUACUGUUGUGAGUUUCUGGAAUAUACAACAGAUACAAAUAAAUGAAAUCCAUAGGCUUUUUGGUGUUUUAAUAUUCUACAUGGACUAUGCUAAGAAAUAUGCAAGAAAUCGUAUGAGUAGUUAAUGUAAUUUUUUAUAAAAGUUAACCUGAACCUUAAUUUUAAUCAUAAGAUUUCGUAUUUUUUCUUUAAUAUUAAUUUGGGUACUACCUAAGAUUUUUAUUUUGUGUCCCCUAUAACUCUACUAUGUGUUUCAGGAUUAUCCAUACUUUCUGGGACACCCUGUAUAUUUUCUUGUACAAAGUAUAGGCGACCAUAAUUCGGUUAUCAGUGUCUUCAAAAAAACAAAAAAAAUAUAAAUGACGCCUAGAAAAUAAAUAUGUACAAACAAAUAUAUAGAUAAAUUCAUGAUUAGUCAAUGAAGAUUGUUUUUGUUAACUUUAAAUAUUAGCUUCUUUGCGGUUCGGCUUUGAAAACGUUUUCAUCACACCCUGUAUACAAUACAUCACUUAAGCAGCCCUGGGAGCCAUUUUUAAGCACUGCCUUAACCACAAUUGUGUCCGGAAUGCUUCACCCCGGCCUUUAACAUUAUCAGUACUUAUAUAUAUUUUUUCUAAUCAAAAUGCACUUGGGGUGUUCAGAAUUUAGUAUGUGGAUACUAAAUUUACAUUGCAUAGAUAUAUGUGUGAGUUUGACACUAAAGUGUGACAAGUCUGGUCUGGACUGAAGGAGUUUCCAACAGGUACCACUCACCAUCAGGUGGGGCGUAAGCUCGGCUUACACGGGCAAUAAAAAAAAUUAAAAACAAUGUGGAAUGUAUUAUUGAAACUGACUUAAAGUUUUGAGACAAGACUGGUUCAUGAAAACGGAGAGGGUAUGCUCUAUCUUGCUCUCGCAACGUCAGUUUUGUAUACAACUUGAACUCUGACGUCAUUGUACAAUAUCACGUCUGUAGUAUGAAAUUUAAGUUUCAUUAUUCUAAAGAAAUGUACACUUUGUUUUUUUUUUUAUCGAAUUAAUUUUAUUUUAUUUGUGAAAGCAAAAUAUAUACAAAACGGAAUUUCUUUUCACAGACUUGUUGCACUUUGGUUCGGAAUUAUCUUGUUUGUUAAGGCGAGUGUAUAAAAUAUAUAUUUAACAAUGUUUCAGAGAUGAGAAUCAAGAUAAACGAAAUUAAAAUUUUAAAGGUCAAACCUGGUAAAAGUACACUCGCUUUAAAAAAAAAAUAUUUAAAAUAAAACAUGCUAUUAUUUAUUUCUUUAUAGGUAUAAUAAUUUUUUAGCAUUUUAAGUGUUGUAACUAAUCAUUCCGUAUAGUAUGCCAUUUUUAUAAAAAUAAUUAGAGGUGCCAUUGUGAGAUAACAUAGAAUUUCUAAUUAACUGUUUGGGUAAAGAAAUAAAUUAUUAUAUGAAACACACAUUCCAACGAUAUAAGUGAUAUAAAAUUUAAUUGCAAAUAAGCAUAUUAUGGAGUUGCAUAAUAUGAAACAAUAAUAAAUUUAAAUAUCAUAUUUGUAAAGAAUAGAUUUAAUUGAUUUUUGUUAUUAUUAUUAUUUUAGUUAUUAUUUUGGUUCAUUUAUGUAAUAUCGUGAAGGAAAUCUUUAAAUCUAUUCUGACUUUAUAAGAAGACUUUCCUUAAUUAGAAGAAUUUAAUUAUCAGUUUUUUUUUUUUUCAAAAUUACUUUCGAACAAAAUCCUGUUCGAAUCAGAUAACAGACCCUUAGCCAUUUUCCAUUAAUGAUAUUUUUCUAUGUUUUGAGAAUUACGCGUCGCUGGAACGCUAGCAGUGUUUGGAUACUCUCUGGUCGGUAAUGUAGACAGUGACGUCUUUUGACAGCUCGCGCAUUUUAGCGGGAAAUUUGAAAAUCGUAUUUAUGGUUUUUUUUCAAUAUAUUUUUGAGUGUAUAACUUUUUUGUGAUUAUAAAAAAACGUGUCUCCAAAUUAAGAUUUUUGAAGUGAAACUUCCUUAUCGGCGUUGGAAAAAAAUUUACCGUCACAUUUUUCGGUUACGCGUCACUUUUUUCCGUUACGCGCCAUCUGUUUUGUAUUCAUGUCUAUGAUAAUAAAAUCCUUUUGUUUAAACUUUAUCUAAUUUAACUUUUUGAAGUGAAACUUCCUUAUCGGCGUUGGAAAAAAAUUUACCGUCACAUUUUUCGGUUACGCGUCACUUUUUUCCGUUACGCGCCAUCUGUUUUGUAUUCAUGUCUAUGAUAAUAAAAUCCUUUUGUUUAAACUUUAUCUAAUUUAACUUUUUUGUAUUCAUGUCUAUGAUAAUAAAAUCCUUUUGUUUAAACUUUAUCUAAUUUAACUUUAUUUAACCAAUUUCUAGAAAGUUGCAUGUAGAUCAUUUUUCGAAAAAUAAGGCCAUAAACAAGUUUCACUUCUUACGUGUGUACACUAGUACACGCACACAUUUUUUUUUUCUAGUUUAUUAUUAUAAUAGUAGGAUAUUAUUUUGGAAGGUAAAAUUUCAAUAGUUCUUGAUUUUUUGUAAGUAACGUGUUUUUUUUUUUAAACCCGAUUUUCAAAUUAACAUUACUGCGUUUUCAAUUCGUGACGUAUGUUUAAAGAAGGUCUUUGCUGAUCGAUGAGUCACGAAAAAGUUUGCCUGUGCUUUCUGGCAUGCUUAGGCAGGUAGAUCUGGUCGUGAUCGGCCAUAACGGAAUCCAUAAACGUCUUCAAGUCCUCGUGGCCUUAAGGUAAGAGACUCCAUGCUGGUAUUAAAAACGCGCGAAGAAACAUCAGUUUUUCUAAUAAAAUUCACAUGUUCGCUUCCACGGCGAAGGAAUAUCAUCGUGUAAUCAAACUGGCAAAGUUUGUUAGUAAUUAGUGGUAGCAGGGCGUCUUCUUAGUCCACACGGGUAGGUACCACCAGCGUGCCUAUUUCCGGUCUUCUGUCAGAUAAUCCUCGAUGCAGAAGUUGGGUUUGCUCGUAAACUUAACGCAGUUUUUUGAUUAUAACCUACAAAUGAGGUCUCGUAAGAUUUUUGCUAGAACAUUCCUAGUGUUGCCUUUUUGAAAAUCGUUUUUACGUCACUGUUAUUAUUUUGAUGUGUUUUUUUUUUGUUUUUGUUUUUAUAAACACGUAUAUUUUUUAGAACGGAAUUGUUGCUAGCCGCGUCUUCUAAUAGUAUUAAUGUGGAGAAGUUAUAUCGUUUAUAUUAAAAUAGCUACGUCGUGUUUGUACGGCACGAGGCUGGUCGUGUGGAAUCGAAUUUUUUUAAUGUUUUAGCCGAAGUUGCUUAUCCCUCCCGGAGUACUUCUUAUCAGUCCACAGAAGUCCACUGCUUUCCAUAGGCCUCCCUCAAACCUCGCCACAAAGAUUGGCCCUGCACUGCCUGCAUCCAGCUGAUCCCCGCGAACUUCAAUAUGCCUUCGUUCCAUCUUGUGAGAGGUCUUCCGAUACGCGGUCGCCACUCAAGAACUUUCUGGCCCCAACCGCCAUCCGUUCUCAUAUUAUUAUCUGACAGCAAUGUAAACCGUGUUUGUUUAUUAAGCCAUUUUUUUCUUAACCUUUUUAGUGUUGAGCUUAUUUUUACAUAUUUUGGAGAAAUUGUUAAGAUUUUUCGAAGAAAAAAAGUUCCUUAAUAAUGAAGUGUGCACAGAAUCUUAAUUAUUUUCCUCAAAUGUAGAUGGAUGUUCGGUUGGAUUAUAAAUGUUGUUAAUUUGUUAGAAAUGUUUUACAUUCGCGCGCUAAGACACAUCUGAAACCUGUAAUCAAACUGCGCAAUAGUCGGUAUUCCGACGCUCCGCAUGCGCGUUAAUAGAGAGUCGAUCUAUCGACGGUUCGCGCUCUAAGGAUUAAUAUUAUUGUCUCACGAUUAGUUCAGAUUAUAUUUAUGUUUCAAAUUAAUUCAUGUUAAGUUUGCCUACGUUAUUAUUAUUAUUUAUUUAAUGGAACAGUGUUACCAUAAUAGAAAUUGUGAGGUGCUUCGAUAUGGCAACAUUUAGUGUUGUCAUAUAUUGUAGUUUUUUUUUUCUUUCUAGUUUACAUCUUUUCGUUUAUUACAAUCGUGUUGUUUAUUUUUUAAUUUCAUAUCAUUCAUUCGAGAAGCAAACUUAGUCCAUACUAAACUAGAAGUAUAGGUAUCGAUCGAAAAUUCAAUUUAAAAAAUUUAAGUGACAAAUUGAUAUAGUCUAUGUUCAAACGCAUUUUAUAAUAUAUAUAUAUAUUUUUUAAUGCAAAUUCUAUAUAAGACACAAGUUUUUAUAUCAUGCAGCCACGCGUGCCGUUUAAGGCGCAUCUCGUAUCUUAUUAGAUACGAGAUGCUCCACACGUUUGCCCCAACAUUACUACCAACGUUGAGCGGUUAAAUUGAUGAAUAAGUGUCCACACGCUGGCUGUUAUACUAAUUCCUUUCCGUUAGAUCCAACGCCAGAACCAAAUUGCUCUAAGCGCUUUUACAGUACUGAGUGCGUAUAAUUUAUAUUUAUUAUUGAAAAAAAAAAAAAGAAAAAGCCACGUCAAAGGAGAUGGUGGAUCGCGACAUGCAUACUCGACGCGUGUUGCAACAGGACUGAACAAAGCGCCAACAUGUGGACAGAUCGCGAACGUUGGCACAGAUUUCUUUAAUAAAACCGACACCCGAUAGCCGACAACCAACGUUGGGGUCAAUGCUAUUUCCUAGAUUGGGCGUUGGGGCCUAUGUUGGGGCCACGUGUGGAGCCGGCGUAAUACCAAGCGCAGCGUCUAUACCAAGGUUUUCCCGGUAUAUAUACCAACAUUUUCAAAUAUAAACGUGUGCGUGAUUAAUAUUUAACUGUGAUUAAUAUCACUUAGAAUUUAUUGUACGUGCUUUAUGAUUGUAUCCUGAGGGAAUCAUAGUUUUGUCAGUAUUUCAAAUGUACUUAAUUUUCCAUUGAAAAUGGAGGGGAAUGAGAUCAGAUGUCUCUGUAAACGUCUCGCGCAUCUCAUCUCGUCUCUUAGCUUCGGUGGAAAAUCAGGCCUGAAAGUAUUUUAAUGUAUUUGAUGUAGAAAUAGACUUGCCAUGUAUAAUAAUGUUGGUCACCGAUUAUAUUAAACUCGCGACCCGCCCUCGCUUCGCUUCGGAAACUGUAAUUUAUUAUUGAUUUCUCCACUAUUUAAUGGAUGUUAUUAUACAUAUAAACCUUCCUCUUCAAUCACUCUUAUCUAUUAAAAAAACCGCAUCAAAAUCCGUUGCGUAGUUUUAAAGAUUUAAGCAUACAUAGGGACAGACAGAUAUAGGGACAGAGAAAGCGACUUUGUUUUAUAUUAUGUAUUGACUUUUAGGAGCUAAGACAAUGAGAGAAAGAAUACACUUUAUUGCACAUCCAAACCCAACAUUAAAGAAAAGAGUAAGCAAGUAGAUAUACAGGCGGGCUUAUCGCUAAAGCGGUCUCUUCCAGACAACCGUUUAAUUUACAGAAAGUCUGGAAAAGAUAAAAGAUAGAGUAGGCGUGUUUCGGUGUACUAUUAAUAAGACAUUAUUAAAGAAAAUAAAUACAUAUAAUAAACAUAUAAUAAAUAGAUAUAUACUUUUUACAUAUAGAAUGAAAUCAUUAUAUGAUUUAUAUUCCAAUAUAUUUACAUAUACAUAAUAAAUCAACAGUAUGGAUAAAGCAUAAAUAAGCAAUGCUUUACAAACAUCUUUAUUGAAUGGGCUCUUAAAGUUAUUUUAACUGUUAAUGGGAAUGCGGGUAGGUUGUUGGGAACAAACAAAUCGAUCUACCCUCUUUUCCGUUUUUUGGGUAUUACCACUGGAACUCGUCCCGAUGAUACCAAGGUAUCGACAGCUUUAUCAGAACACUUUGGGAAAGCAUCGUUCGUUAUCAAAUUUAAUAGUCUUAAUAUUCGAUUCCAUUCACUAGAUAAUGAGAGAAUUGAAAAAUAAUCAAUUCAAAAAUGCAUAUACCAAUCUCGACGAGAGUUUUUUUUAUUUUAAAUUAUAAUUUGUUUUAAUGUGUUAUUUGUAUGUACGACCAUUUUAAGAUGAUGAUUCUUGGUUGAUUAAAAUAAUACGUUUCAACAAAUAGUUCAAUCACACUAGAUGGUUUUCGUGUGCAGAGAAAAUUAUACGAAGGGUGUUUUUUUUUUAAUUCUGAUCAGUUCACGAAUUAAAUUGCUGCUAAGUUGGUCGGGUUUUUAACAUACGGAAAAAAUUAUUUAACUUUCAAAUUUUGACGAACGUGAACAUUUUGUGAUGUUAUUGAAAAUUUAUAGAAGUUACAGCGUUUAUAUGAGCUAUAGUUUAGAAAGACAACUUCAAUGGAUAUAUUGUGGGUUUUCGAUAGUAUUAAAUUUGUCCAGGUCCAAGACCAGCAUAAACUGGACUGCUUCCACGAAUAUAUUCUUCGCAUCUCGUUAGUUUUUUCACCAUUAGUGCAGCAGUCACCGAGUGUGCGAAUACUUUCUUCCUUCUCGCAGUAUCUACGAUCGUAUAGGUACCGUACCCGGCAAUAGAUAUAGCACAUCGACUUUUGGAAAGACGCAUUAAGCUAAUUUUAGCUUCGUAUACAGUUCUCUCUGUCGCACGUAAUAAAACGACCGACAAAAGUCGCGUAGCUAGUGUGCGACAGAGAUAACGCUCUACGAAGCCGAAAUCAGCCGACUGUCUCUUUCUAAGAAUCGAUGUGUAAUAGUUUUCGGCAGGCACUGUACAGUCGUGUCUGUUGCUGCCACAUAAUAAAAAAGGCUGUCAAGUACUGUACGUACUUGAGGCAUGAAAAUCUAUCGAAUUAGUAAUGUAAAUGUAUCGAAUUGUCGAUACGAAAACGGAUCAUUACAUUAAAUCGAGAUUAACGUUACCGUAUUGUAAGACUCGGGUUCCAAAGCCAGUAAAUAAAUACACAGAUUGCAAUAGUUAACACUUAAUUCUGUAUUGCUUUAUUUGUAACUCCACUUGUACAAUCUUUAGAUGUCUGCUCACUACUGAAUACACUGCUUUCUGUUCCGUUUUUUUCAGACUACCGCUUUUUUUAUUAUAUCACGUCCCCCACUACUGCCAUUGCUCCCACCAACAGUGUUGCUAUCUGGCAAUCCGAAAAUUGCCUAUUGCGAAUUGCGAAAAUAAAUCUUACAGUUUGUCCAAAAGAUUUUAGUUCUCUCGAUUAUGAGUUUCGAGUUUUGAGAACAUAGACAAUUUGAUUGCAAAACGAAAGUAGUUAAGUAAAUUCAUUCGUGCUGUUGAAAGGAUAGGCAGCGACUUGGCUAGCGGUAGGCAGCGACUUGGCUAGCGGCAGGCAGCGACUUGGCUAGCGGUAGGCAGCGGCUUGGCUCGGCCCCGGUUGCUGAAGUCCAUGGGCUACGGUAACCACUCACCAUCAGGUGGGCCGUAUGCUCGUCUGUCUAAAAGGGCAAUUAAAAAAAAUAUAGUUCUUUUUAACGGACGGUAGGGGCGCUGUUUUAAUCCUAUACAUUUUUUCUCGAUAGCGAAUACUUUCUCGAUAGCCAUUCGUGCUCGCCUCUCUGUUCUAUUCUAUACUAUCAGCCCAUAGACGUCCAGCUGGACUUAGGCCUCCCCCAAGCCUCGUCAUAAGAUCGGUCCUGCGCUACCUGCAUCUAGGGGAUUCCCGCGAACCUCAAUAGGUCGUCGAUCCGUUUUGUGGUUGACCUACCCACACUUUUAAUUAAAUUCUGUUCUAUUAAUUAAAUGCCAUUCAGACUUGAACCAAUUACCUUCAGUCGUCUGAAUGUAUGGAUAAGUUAAAGAUGCAGCGUUGAAAACUGUUCAUUUAGUAUAAAAAAUUAAAAAUAAAACUAGACAAUGUAUUUUAGCGAAAUGUUUCCAUUGUUACAAUUUUGUAGAUUUUAAAUCAAACAAAAAUAUAUUAUGUAUGUUUACAGGUAAACGUUGUUGAAAUUCAUAUGUAUAUUAGGGUGCUCAAGUUAUAUGAAAUAUCAUUAUAUAUAUAUAUUUAUGAAAACUAAAAAAAAAACGACAAAUAAUAAUAAGUAUAUCAAUUGUUUAUUUACAAUAAAUGAUAAUCAUGAUUCGGUCAAUUUUUUUGUAUUUGUUUCUGUGCAAUAAAAUAGAAAUGAUUUAUUCGUGGAAA